GGACUACUUUGACACUGUAAAUUCAAGUACGCUUCAGCGGUACUCCGGUAGUAUUCCACUGGACACAUGACGGUUCUUUACGCUAUAUUUUUCGUUCACCCUUGUCUCUGAUGGGGUUUGCAAAGGCUUCUCCAGCUUCUCAAUGCGCCGAUCUUCGAUCCGCGUACCAUGACUGCUUUAAUAGGUGGUUUUCGGACAAGUUUUCCAAGGGCCAGAACGACAAAGAGGAGUGCGUCGCCGAGUGGGAAAAGUACAGGGCCUGCCUUGUGUAUUCAUCUAACCGGAGGCACGGGAUUAUUGGAAGGGAUCAACUAUUGAUGACUCGGUCAGGAGCAUUUGAAAGAAAAGCAUUUGAGGAGUAUAUUAGUGGAAGAAGAAGAAUCUUAUUUUCCUUAUAAUGGGCAUCAUGACAGUCAAAGUGGUUUUAGCAAUCAUUGAAUACUGCAUGAAAUAAGUCUUUACGCUCUUUUCAUUUUCGUCUAAUUUAUUGUGAUUAUUGACACUACAAUAACGUUGAUAGAAGGACACUAGAACCAAACUCGCUCAUUUUCGUAUUUGGAGGCCCAUUCUGCAAUGUUAGGCUCUGAGAGGUUUUAGUUGAAGCCAACACUAUGCGAUAUCUACUGCUCUUGUUUUUAAAUACGAGGUCAUAUAUGUUACAUGUGCACUCGUAAGUUUUUCAAUAAGUAGGAAUUAAAAUUGGUGAAGUUUCUACGACAUUGUAGUGAGAUGUGAUUUAAAGCUGCGAAUUCUUUGAUUGGCUGAUAUGUUUAAAUAACAUUUGAUAAAUGACAUAUUGCAACAUUGGCAUUAACAACAUCAUCUGUUCUGCUGUCG